CGAGGGCGGGUCACGUGGCGCCGGGGCUCGCGGCUUUAUAAGCCUUUCAAGCGGAGGCCGCGACGCGCGGGAGAGGAGGCUGAGGGGGUAGCUGACCGGGCAAGAAAGCAAAUGGAGGAGCCGGUACCCAGGCUGGAGGAUCAUACCUGGAGUUGUUCCUGUACUGUUGGAGGAAGGCAUAAAACUCCCUUAGGUGGGACUGCCACUGGGCUGGCAGCCAGAGUGGGUGAAAUGCUGAGCUCUUCUGUCUCAAACUCUCCUCUCACAUUAAUGGCCCAUGGAGCCCAGAAGCCCAGCAGCAGCUCCAGCAGCAGCUUGAACUUGAGCCGGGACGUGGUGCAGCGGAGCCUGGUGCUCUUCUUUGUGGGCACUUUCCUGGCACUGGUGCUGAACUUGCUUCAGAUCCAGAGGAAUGUUACUCUAUUUCCGGAGGAAGUCAUUUCUACAAUCUUUUCUUCUGCCUGGUGGGUGCCCCCUUGCUGUGGGACAGCAGCAGCUGUUGUUGGCCUACUGUAUCCCUGCAUUGACAGUCAUCUUGGGGAGCCUCACAAAUUCAAGAGAGAAUGGGCCAGUGUCAUGCGAUGUAUAGCUGUUUUUGUUGGCAUUAACCAUGCAAGUGCUAAAUUGGAUUUUGCAAACAAUAUCCAACUCUCCUUGACGCUGGCAGCAUUAUCAUUGGGCCUCUGGUGGACAUUCGAUCGUUCCCGGAGUGGUCUGGGUCUUGGAAUUACAAUAGCUUUUCUAGCCACUCUGAUUACACAGUUUCUUGUCUAUAAUGGUGUUUAUCAGUAUACCUCCCCAGAUUUUCUUUACAUCCGAUCUUGGCUGCCAUGUAUAUUUUUCUCAGGAGGUGUGACUGUAGGGAACAUAGGACGCCAGCUGGCUAUGGAUGUCCCUGAGAAGCCUCAUAGUGAUUGAAUGUUGUGGCUCUGCAGUGCCUGUGUGAAGGCAAAAUGAAGAUGGGUUCCUGAGUCUGAACUGGGGUCAUUUUUCUUGAAUAACCUGUAUGAGCUCCAUGCACAAAUGACCAGUGAAGGAAUCUUAAUUCACCUAAGAGUGGCCAAGGGCUUACCUUGAUUUUUCAGAGACAAAUCUAUACUUGGCUCUUCUGUGGAAGAAUUCCAUAGAGACUUAAUGCAUAGCAAACCAUGCUUGGUGGCAGCGGUCCCAGGCGCUAGGUUCCAGAUCAAGUCAUUGAAACAGCUGCCAUAUUCCAAAGCCUUGAAACAAAACUUAAUUGUAAGCUUUGUGCAAGUGCCCAAAGAAGGUUGACCGUACACGCUGGAAGGUGAAGUACAUGGAUUUCAUAGGAAAUAGUAUUUAUCCAACUGUCCUUUUAAGAUAGAGUUGUCAGAGGAUCAGAGUAAGAAUACAAUCACUCAGGCGCUGUGUGAAGGAACAACAGCCACAGGCACAAUCUGGUGGAAGGUACUGCUUUGCAGGCCCCACUAAAAUGGGAAGGAGAAGGGCCCUGUUCUUUCAGUGGGUCUUGCGCAGGAGAACUGGUUUGGAGUUCUGCUUUGACUUGUGUGGGUUUUUUUGGAGUACCAGAUCUCUUGAGAAAGUAAAGCAAACUAUCUUGUUAAUAAAGAAGCAAUAAGUCCAUCAGCUGCUUGUUGGACUGGCUGGCCCCUUCUUUCUUGCUGUCAAAUGUACACAGCCAAAAUCAAUUCUUGUUCAGCAGCUUUCUUUGUUGCAUCUCCAUAAAGGAAGCCCUUAAGUCCCUUUUUUUAAAAAAAAUCAGUCCUCAGAGUACUACAUGUUCUGGACAGGAGGGGAUUCUUACCUGAUCCCUGUUGAGUUUUCUGGGAGUCGUUCUUGGUUUGGAGACUCCAACUACAGCUGCCAUGAAGGAAGCAGAGCAGGCCAAAAGUGUUACUUCGUGCUUCUUAUCAGUGAACUUUGGUUUCACACUGUUUCUGAAAAGAUCAUUACUCUGUUUUUAUAAAAUUAUUUCUCAACCCAAUACAACUUGCAAUCUGUGAUUGCCUUGUAAAGAAGAAGUGCUUACAUCACUGUGUUAAACAUCUCGGGUGUCUAAAUAGUUGCAUAGGCAGCACAAUGGUAAUUUUCAUAAUGUAGGCCGCAGUUGACCUAAUUAACAAGUAUUGGGUCUCAAAUUUUAGGUGCAAUGUACAGUUGAGAAAUCUGAGCCUUGUAGUCUCUCCUCAGACCAUGGGGAGAUAUUAAUCUCAUUUCAAUGCAGCGCAGAAGUAAAAAUCAGCAAUAAUUCAAUUAGUAAUGCUAGCUCAUACCUACUGCUAAAGAAAUGCUCCAGUUCUGAGCUUGUGGAGUGCAAGGGAGCUCUUGCUACACUGCCUUCUUUUGUACUGGGCAAUUGGGUCUUCCUCCAUUUCCAACAUCAUAUGGCUUCCAGUCUAGACAGUAACAUCUUUUUUGGGCCACAAACUGAAGUUGUAUUCUUCCCUGUUAGUUUCUUUUUUUCAAGGAAGCCCAAAGCAGUGUCUCUCUAAAUUUAUGCUGCUUUCUGAGCCAGCCAACUUGGUGAUGUGCAUGAGCCUAGCCUUUGUGCACAGCCACACAUGUGAAGCCUAACCCAGCAAUGGCAUUAGAAGAUGGUCUCCCACCCCCACCCCAUUAGUUCUGGCUGCAAUGCUAAAAAUUCCACUGACGGGAGGAAAAUGUCUCUGGUGUGCCAGCUACAGAAUCUUCGCCCGACCUGAAACAUUGUGUUCUCCCCCUCUGCUCCUCAGUGUGGGGUGCUUUCCUAGUUACAAUUUGAAAACUACCCAAAUGCUGGAAGUGAUUUGGGUUUUCUGUGUGUUUGUUUGCAAUGAAAAGGUGAUAGGGAAGUCAUGUGCAAAGCACUGUGAAGUAGUUUCUCUGAAGUAUGUGACAUUCCUCAGUAAUACAUUGUAGAUUACAGUCUUGAACCCUUUUUUUAACCUCCCAUUGGCUUUUAAAGGUUUUGCAAUUUGAUUAAAGCAGGUAGGUUACAUGUUCAUCAUGAUGUUUUCUCUGCUCGUUUAAGCAGGCUUGUGUGGAUGGCAUUAGUCAACACAAUUAUGCCUAUGCAAACCUGUAUUCAUUGAAGGCAGAUUUCAGCCGAUGUGUUCCGUAACUUCAGUUUUAAUUGCCAUUGCACAGGAAGCAAAGAAGUGCUUUGAGAUGUUCACACACACCUUGUACCAGAUAUAACUAAAAAGGACAAUUCUGAGUGUAAAUAUGUAAUCAAAGAAAAUAGUAUUUUAUUUGUGAAGGUUGGAAAUCUGUGUUUUGACAAGGUGGCCAAAAUACAUGUCAGAAGUUCAAUCUUGCCAAUAUUUGUAUGUAUCUGAACCAAAGUGAUCAGAGUUUGUGUUACAAAGAAAAGUAUGAGGGGGGAAACUUGCACUAUUCUUGACUGGCAUCCUUAAAGUCUCAGACUGGAUCGGCUUUCAACUGUGGUGUGCGUAUGUAUGUGUGUUUUUAAUUAUUAAAGGUUUAAAUCAA